UUCUCUUUCUCUCUCUCUCUCCAAUUAUUUCUUUUUCCAUCGAUCAGUCUUUUUACUUAAUGAUCUGUUUAAACACUACAAAACAGGCUGACCUUUAACAUGAGCUUCUCUCUUCUUCGUUGUGUUCAGCUCGACACUGUUUAGAGUUACAAAGAAAAACCCACUUCUUUCUCAUUUCACUUGAUUAAUUAAACUCAUUUGCUAUUUUCCUUAUUUUGCCGUAUGGAGUUUGUUUAGAAUAUUGGCGGUGUUGGUGUGCGUCUUCGACAUGGAUUUUGGGAUUCUGGGUUUGGAGGGUCUUGUUGUGGCUCCUGAAAAUGGAGCUCCAUCUUCAGUUUCUGUGCCAUCUGAGACCAUUGCAAAGGUUGUUUUUGGUUCUAGGUUCUCUAAGCAAGAAAGAUCCGGCUCUGUUGAAUACGACCGGCAAGCUUUAAAAACACCAAAAACUGGCGACUUCUCUUCAGCUUCCAAGCCAAUGCCAUUGCAACAAGGCAUUCCUUUGUUAAGAUCUAAUUCUAUUUUUUCUGCUUCUGGUGAUACUUCUCGUCAACCGGAACAAAUGCCGAGCUUUUCUUCAAACAAAUCAGAAAUUCCUUUUUUCAAUACAAGUACUGAUGCAUUUCUUGAAAGAAGCCCGCAACCCACCGUCUUACCUUACUACCACCACCUCACACCUCCUGCUUAUCCAAGACCUGCAGGUUAUGGUUCUGGAGGUUUGAAUGUAGGCAUGCAUGGGGCUUUUUCUGUGGUUAAAGGACCAUUUACUCCUUCUCAGUGGAUUGAGCUAGAACACCAGGCCUUGAUCUACAAGUAUGUCAGUGCAAAUGUGUCUGUACCACCCAAUUUGCUCAUCCCCAUCAGAAAGUCCUUUCAAACGUUUGACAUGCAUUACUCAUCUUCUGGAUCCUUUUCUCCCAGUUCAUAUGGAUGGGGGUCUUUCCAUCUGGGCUAUGCUAGCAACACUGAUCCUGAGCCGGGGAGGUGUAGGCGAACGGAUGGAAAGAAAUGGCGGUGCUCGAGGGAUGCUGUUGCAGAUCAGAAGUAUUGUGAAAGACACAUUAAUAGGGGCCGCCAUCGUUCAAGAAAGCCCGUGGAAGGCCAGACCGGCCAUGCAGCCUCUGGGACCACUAAUUUGAAGCUGGUGCCAAUGACUUCCUCUGUGUCAACAUCGGCGAUAACCAGUGAUGGUGCAUCCAACAGUCUAGGCAUCACCCAGCACCAAUUGAAAAACUUACAGCCUGGUGCUACCAAACCUUCUGCGGAUGCCCUUGUCAGCAGAGUGCAAGAUUUGCGGACUAUCUCCAUGAUGUCUUCCACCAUCAACCUAAAAUCUAAUGAAUCUACUUUCCCUGAUAUAAAACAAGAUAUUCCAUUUGAAGAAUCCUCUCAAUCUGUGUUUGGAUUUGUUUGCUCUGACUCCCUACUUAAUCCUUCUCAAAGGAGCUCAUAUUCGAAUUCCAAAAACUGUGGUGGGUCUUUCCUAGAUUUUAAUGACCAUGAAACCCAAGAUCAAAAUCCUCUUCGGAAAUUCAUGGAUGACUGGCCUAAGGAUGAGUCUAAUUGUUCUGUCCUUACUUGGCCUGAAGACCUUAAGUCAGACUGGACUCAACUGUCAAUGUCAAUUCCUAUAGCUCCAGAAUUCUCAUCAUCAUCCUCACCGAACAGCGAGAAACUAGCUCUAUCACCACUUCGGUUAUCUCAUGAAUUUGAACCUACCCAAGCGGGUUUGGGGUUAAACAAAGAUCUCAAUGAGCCAACCCAAAAGCUAACAAACUGGAUAUCUAAGUCUUGGGGAACUUCAAUGGGUGGUCCUUUAGGAGAGGCAUUAACCAAUACCUCAAACAAUGUGGGUAACUGCAAGAGUUCAUCUCUUAACCUGGUAACUAAAGGGUGGGAUAGCACCCAGCAGUUGGGAUCUUCUCCAACGGGUGUCUUGCAAAAGUCAACUUUCUGUUCACUUUCAAACAGUAGUUCAGGGAGCAGUUCAAUAGCUGAUAACAAGACAACACAUGAUGGAGUGAUCAUCUGUGAAGGCUCAACCCUUCUUAGUUCCUCCCCCAUUCCAUCUCUGUAAUCAGAAAAAGAAUCAGGCAAGAAAGACACAAGUAGCUGGAUCAGAGUGGACAGCUUUGCAGCAACUAUGUUGUAUGUUAUUAGUUUCUGUGAUAGGUUCUUCAGCUUGCAGUUUUCAAAAGUACAUCACAUUGUUAUGCAUUAGUCAUUUAAACUCAUGAACCUUGGGGUCCCUAUAGUUUAUGAAUCGAGGUAGUUUAUGAUUAAGUUCCAUCCUUUUUGGCUAGUGGCCAAACAUUUGGUUGUUGGAGGGGCAGCUUCCCUUAACAUGAUAGAGCUGUAAAAUCUGUUGAUUUGUGCAGGCUAGCCCCAAAAUACUGGGGUUACAGCUCCAUGAUGACGUAAGCUUUCAAAAUGCAUACUGAUUAUUGUGGCUUGGCUGUAUGACCUGGACCAUAAUGUUGAUAUA